GAACCCCUCGGGGCUCGAGUCUCUCGCGUCCCCGCCGCCGCGCGCCCUGCCUGCCGUGCCCGGGCCCGCACGCCGGGAGCGCGGCUCGCUCCGUGCUCCGCCCCGGAGACCACGUGUACUGGCGAUUUCGUGCGCUGUUUAAUUAGCUGGAAGUUCUAAUGUGGUGUUUUUAUGUUUUUAAUGCAGAGACCAGUAAUCCGUUAUGGAGCAUGCUAUUACCCCGUUGGAACCCCUGCUUCCCACUGCUCUUUUAAGAGCCUGUGCUGAUGGAGGUGCCAACCGCUUAUAUGACGUCACAGAAGGAGAGAGGGAAAGCUUUCUGCCUGAAUUCAUCAGUGGAGACUUUGAUUCUAUUAGGCCUGAAGUUAGAGAAUACUACGCUAUUAAGGGAUGUGAAAUUAUUUCAACUCCUGAUCAGUACCAUACUGACUUUACCAAGUGCCUUGAAGUGCUCCGAAAUAAGAUAGAAGAAAAAGACCUACAGGUAGAUAUGAUUGUGACCUUGGGAGGACUUGCUGGGCGUUUUGACCAGAUUAUGGCAUCAGUGAGCACUUUGUUCCAAGCAACUCGAAUCACUCCUUUGCCAAUUAUAAUAAUCCAAGAGGAAUCUCUCAUCUACCUGCUCCAACCGGGAAAGCACAAAUUGCAUGUAGAUACCGGAAUGGAAGGUGAUUGGUGUGGCCUUAUUCCUGUUGGACAGCCGUGCAAUCAGGUUACGACAACAGGCCUGAAGUGGAAUGUCACAAAUCAUAGGAUUAGUUUCGGAACACUGGUCAGCACUUCCAAUACCUACGAUGGAUCUGGUGUUGUGACUGUGGAAACAGACCAUCCCCUCCUCUGGACCAUGGCCAUCAAAAACACCCAUGACUGACCUCCACAGCUGUGCCUCUGACCUCAUUUGCCAACAACUUCAUGCUCCACAAGAACAGUUCACCUUGGUUGGCAGGAAUCUAAACCUGUCCCUGAGAAGCCCGCUAGUUUUAAAUAUGUUAAUGUUUAGAUCAUCCAGGUACCAUUAUGAAUGACAGAUCUCAAUUGUACAGUGAGGGGGGGGAAAUCAUUAUUUAAGAAAGUAAAUUACACUCAGUUGGAAAACUAAUGUGGAUUAUUCCACUCUAAAAUUCAGGACUGAUCAUUCUUAUGUUAUUAAUCAUUCCAUGUAUCCUAGAAAACUGUUUUUAAGUUUGAAGCUGAGAAGGCUCUGUUGAGGCCCCGUGGUGUCCAGCACAUAAACCUCCUCCUGUUCAUCCUUCAUUGCUUAACACUAAAGGCUACUUCUGUCUAAUAAUAUUAGCUCUCUCUGUAUUAUAUGUAUUCCCUUUCACUGAAAAAAAUAAUUCCUUCUAGCUUGGGAUGCUAGAACUGCACCAUUUUAUUCUGGCCUCAAUGGUUUUUGGUAUGAUCUUUUCAUAAUAAAUUAAAAAAUCAUUGGCCUGAUUAUUAAAAUUUAAAACAGGUAGAACCUGCCCAGCAGCUUUACAUAGCACAAACCCCGUGCUGCCCUAAGGAAAGGGACCAGCAGCUCUCUUCUUUCUGGUGCUACAACAGAGUGACGGUUGCGCUGUAAGUGGAGAGUGAAAGUGGGAUUGGUGAGCUAGCAUAUAGUCAGUCAUUAGCGGUAACUGUUCAUAACUUAUGCAAAUAUAUGUGAAAUUGAAUCCAGAUGUCAAAUAAAAAUAUUUAGUUA